GAGGAGUCCUAAUGGCGAAACUAAAAAUGAAAUAGACUUCAUAAUGUGCGACCACCCGGGCAUUAUACAGGAUGUGGAAGUAGUUAACAAGAUCCGAUGCAGUGACCAUAGAAUGGUAAGAUCUAGAAUUCAACUAGACGUGAGGAAGGAACGGCAGAAACUGAUACGCAAGAAGAAGCCGAUUAAUGAACUAGCUCUGCGAGGGAAAGUACAAGAAUUCAGAGUUUCACUUCAGAAUAGGUACGCGGCUUUAACCGAGGAAACCGACCUUAGCGUUGACGCAAUGAAUGAUAAUCUGACUAGUAUCAUUAAGGAGUGUGCAGUGGAAGUCGGGGGUACAGUCGUUAGACAGGACACUGGUAAGCUAUCCCAAGAGACGAAAAACCUCAUUAAGAAACGUCAAGCUAUGAAAGCCUCAAAUGCAACAGACAAAAUAGAGCUGGCGGAGCUUUCGAAGUUGAUCAAUAGGCGUAAAGUAGCCGACAUAAGAAAGUAUAAUAUGGAGAGAAUUGAGCAUGCUCUAAAGAACGGAAGAAGCCUCAAAGCUACGAAGACAAAACUGUGCAUAGGCAAAAAUCAGAUGUAUGCAUUAAGGGACAAGGAUGGCAAGGUCACAACCAAUAUGGAUAGAAUAGUUGAGGUAGCGGAAGAGUUCUACAGAGAUCUGUACAGCAGCCGAGACAGUCAGGAUGAUAAUGUAAGAAGCAGUAAUAUCCCAGAGGAAUCUGACAUCCCACCAGUAUUAACAGGAGAAGUAAAGAAAGCCCUAAAGGGAAUGCAAAGAGGCAAAGCCGCUGGUGAGGAUCAGAUAACAUCAGACCUGCUGAAAGACGGUGGAGAGAUUAUGUUAGAGAAACUGGCCACCCUGUAUACGAAGUGUCUCUCGACAGGGAGGAUACCAGAAUCUUGGAGGAAUGCCAACAUCAUCUUGAUCCAUAAGAAAGGGGACGUCAAGGACCUGAAAAAUUACAGGCCCAUCAGCUUACUGUCCGUUGUCUACAAGGUAUAACGUGGCAGCAGAAAGCACAGGACCGAGUUGAUUGGUGGAACAUGGGAGAGGCCUUUGCCCUGCAGUGGGCGUAGACAGGCUGAUGAUGAUUACGGCUUUGGGAAUGGCCUUGGUGGCGGAUACGGCAGUGGAUACGGAAGCGGUGGUGUACUGAGCGGCUUCAGCAGCGACUUCGGUGCGGGAUACGGCAGCGGUUUAGGCAGUGCAUUUGGCAGCGGAAGUGGCCUGAGUGGAUUUGGUGGAAAUGGCGGUUUCUGGAGCAACAGUUACGGCAGCCCCUACGUAGUU